AACGUAUUCAUUUUUCCAAAGUCAACCAUGUAACUCUGAUUAUAAUGAAUAUCAACUGCAACUUGAACCCGUGGUAAUGAUAAGUGAUGUCAGUAUGCCGAAUGUUUCCACACUUCCAGUCAUAGACGUCGUGACUGAAUCAGUGAUGAUGAUUCUAUCAAUGAUGUGGAUAUGAACAAUAAUAGAUCGACCAAUGAUACAUCAGAUGAUAAUGAAGAAAAUAAUACCAUCGAUGACAUGAAUAUGAACAGUGAUAGAUUGGACAAUGAUAUAUCGGAUGAUAAUGAAGAAAAUUAUGAAAUGAAUGAAAAUGUAAAUACUGCGACUAAUUCUAAUAAUGCACUAGAGCAGUUGCGAGAAGUAUUGUACGAAGAUUGCGACCUCACGAAGGAAGAAAGUGAAAUCCUCAUAAUGAGUUUGGCUCUUCGUCAUCAUUUCACCGACGCUGCUUUGCAGGAUUUCAUCAAAGUAAUUGAUUGCUACGCAAGUGCCAUGUAUUCAAACAUUUAUUUCUGAAGUCAUUCCUGAUUAGUAAUGCUUGUAUAUACUACUAUUGUUCAGAUUGUAUGUGUUACCAUUUUACAUUUUGCUGAUCCAGAAGUUACUAUUGAAUGUAAUAAUUGCGCCAAAGUUUAUAAUCGACAGAAACUAAAAAAUAUAGGAAAUAUUUUAUAUAUCUUCCCUUAAAAGACCAGUUAAUUAUA